GCAAAUAGUUGUGCAGGCUGAAAAAAUAAGCCAAUGACCUUGCCGAGCUAUAAUUAGCCGCCAUUUACAGAUGCGAUCUCAUAAAAUGGCUGAAUAUGAAGACUACAUAGGAGGUACGCUACCUAAUAAUCAAGUUCGCUAUCGUCCAGAAAUAAAGGAUGAUAAGUUUGGAGAAACUGUUCUACAGUGGUAUAAUGAAGUUGAUAGUGAUGCGAGUGAUGUUGACAGUGCGCCAGAAGAUGAAGUUCGUGGAAAGCAGAUAGAUCCAAUAAGUCAUACAAGAGAGCAUAAUGAGGUGUCUGUAAGUUUUGGAUUUCAUAUUCGAGUACUAGAACCCGUGAGAGAUACAAACUUGUAA